AUGGAGCUAGGGAGUCUUCCUAGGGUGGUGGUGAGGCGAACGGAUUGGCCGAUAUCAGGGAAAAUUACGAUGACAGGGUUGAAACCAAUGAAAUCUUACAUCGAAAAUUAUGAUGUUAGUGGUCGUUUCACAUCGAGAGAUUUGAGGGGUUUUGGUCGCCGGUUGCUGGUGGGUCAAACGACAGCCACAACGUGUUGUAUGGCGGCUGGACAGAGCGACGAUGAUAGUUUUGUUGAUGACUUUAGGGACCAACUCUGUUCCGCUUCCUCCACCUCAGUUCCGGCCAUUGGUGGCUUCCACCUUGCCCGCAUUGAGUUAUUUGUUCAGUUGCUCAUAGUCAAAACUGAAUUCUUCCUGCGCUCAAUCGGUCUUCAGAUCAACAAUAUAUCACCGGGGCUGGUCCAAGGCCCUGACCCCAUCGGAGCCACCAACGCCACGGUCGAUAUCCUCACAAGAAGGAUUAUCGAGCAGUUUGCUUUGAGUAACGUCCGACUUAUCAGGGCUAUCGUUAACAGGACACUUCUAAAUGCUCCUCUACAAAGGCCACUGAUUACUGUGACCCCAGCUCGCAUAUUUCUUCUCGCCGUUCGAUUUAUUCUGUCUGUUAUUACUCAAUACGAGGAUACAAUGACUCCUCUGACUGUCGGCACCAACGAGCCACAGCUGCUGGAUGGAAUCAAACGCACCAACGUGGCGGAAUACGGAGCCAUCAACGCCCUACUCUUCCAAAGCGUCAAUACAACGGUACCGCCUACUACAUUAACGGUGGGGAAUCUCACCAACAUUACCGCUGAAGGGGUUAACGUUCUUGGGAGGUGCGGUGCAAAAAACGAAGGUAUGAUCGUCCCGCUGCAACUCGGAGCCGAGAAUCGAACGACCGUCAACGUCGUGCCGGGGGAUGUCAAUUCCCUCGCGGUUGCUCGCACCACGAGGGAGGCCCUGACCUGA